AUGACAGGUUCUUCAUCUUCUUCUUCUGAUAAACCUUCUUCUACCAUAAAUAUUAAGCAUGUUGUUCCAUUGGUAUUGGACCUGGACCGUAUGAAUUAUGACAUAUGGCGGGAGUUAUUUGAAACUCAUUGUCUAGGAUUUGGUGUUGCCCAUCACCUUCAGCCCCCAAAAGUCAAGGAAAUCGAUGAUACUGAAUGGAUUAGAGUGGAUUCCAUUGUUAAGUCAUGGCUUUACAGCACCCUUGCUCAACCUUUGUUACACAUGAUUUUGAAAAAGAAAGCCAUUGCUCAUUCUAUAUGGGUUGAUCUCGAAAAACUUUUUCGAGAUAACAAGGAAAACAAAGCUGUUCAACUUGAAUCUGAGUUGAGAAACAUCACCAUGGGUGAUUCCUCAGUUACGGACUACUGUACCCGUAUAAAAACCAUAGCUGAUUUACUGGAGAACCUUGAUGCUCCUGUUCCUGAAAGAAAUCUGGUUUCAUACACUCUUAGUGGUCUAACAAAGAAGUUCCAGUACAUUGCCACCACCAUCCGUCAUUAA